AUGAGCUACUAUGGCAGCUACUACGGAGGCCGCGGCUACGGCUGGGGCGGCUUCGGCGGCCUGGGCUGUGGCUAUGGCUCCGGCUGGGGCUGGGGAGGCCUUGGGGGCCUGGGCUGUGGCUAUGGCUACAGAAGCUAUGGCUGUGGCUGCUGGCGAUCUCGUCUUGAACAGAAACACACUCCCCCUGACACCAUGAGCUACUAUGGCAGCUACUACGGAGGCCGCGGCUACGGCUGGGGCGGCUUCGGGGGCCUGGGCUAUGGCUAUGGCUCCGGCUGGGGCUGGGGAGGCCUUGGGGGCCUGGGCUAUGGCUGGGGAGGCCUUGGGGGCCUGGGCUAUGGCUCUGGCUGGGGAGGCUACGGAUACUCUGGCUUCUACUAA